AUGGAUAACAACUAAUAAGUUAACUUUCUAGAAGACUAAGAAUAAUUUUAUGAAGAUAAUGAAUAUGAAUAAACUAUGGGAAGAUAAUUUGAAUCAGUUGUUGUAAUUAAAGAUGAAAAAGGUGAAGUACAAAAGAAAUAUACAUUGACUAUCCAAAUUAUUAAAGCAAGUUAUUUAUUCAAAUAUAUUUAUUUAGAUUAUCAAAAACCAUAUUUAGGAGGUUUAAAAAAUAAGAAGUCUGGUGCUUUAUUACAUCAUGCAUUUGCUUAAACUAAUUAAUAUCGUAGAGAACAUAAAGAGAAAAAUCAUAGAGAUACAUAAACUCAUUUUGAAUCUACUAAAUCAACUAUUAUGAUGAAAGAAUUUGGUACAUAAAUGGAAAAAGAAGAUCUAUUUAUUGAUUUAAGAAAUGAUAGAACAUUUGAACCAAAAUUGUAACAGUUAUUUAUAAUGUUUUAGAUAUUUUACAAGUGAAAUGUGGGAAGAAAGAAGAGAAGAAGCUGCUUUAUUUAUUUAAAGAUUAAUUAGAGGUUGGUUUGCUAGAAGAAGAACUAAUGCUUUAAGAUAAAAAAAAUAAUAAUUAUAAAAUGAGUAAUUGGAAAAAGAAGAAGAUUUUAGAAGAUAAGAAGAAGUAAGACAUAAAAAAGAAAUAGAAAGAAGAACUAAUCCAAGAACUAAAGAAGAUUUUUAAAUUUUAUAUGAAGAAUUAGAAGUAUUAUUUAUUUAUUUAUCUCUAUUAAUUAGUUAUGGAGAACAACUGAAAUUGCUAGAAUUAAAUCUUCUGCUAUGACUGAAGAAGAAAAAAGGGCUGCUCUUAAAUAAGUAUUAAAUAAAGAAACAGAUUUAUUAUAAACUAUUGACAGAUUAAAGAUUAUAGCUAAUCAAAAAAAUAAAGAUGAGAAAAUUAAUAAAUUUUUGAAAUCUAUUUCAGAUCCUAAAAAAUGGUUAAGAAAAUCUGAUGGUAGAUUGACUGAAGUUCAUACUCUAUAUACUACUAGAGCAAGAGAAUUAAUGGAUAUUUAUAAUGGUAUAUAAUAUUAUUUUAUUAUAGGUUUAAAAUAAAGAAAAUUAAGUUUAGAUGAAAGACUUGAUAUACUUGUUAAUACAAAAUGGACAGUAAAAGAAUGGGAUUGUAAUUUAACAAGGGAAAUAGUUGAUUUAAUAGAUAGAGAAGCAGAUAUGUUAAAUAGAGGUAGACCAGAACCUUCUUUAGAGGGUUUAAGAUAAAGAUUAUAAAAUUUAUUUUUAUAAUUCAUAGAAACACCAGAAUUCAAUCCAGAAGCAGCAAGAUUUUAGAAAAUUCCAUAUGAAAUUCUAAAAUCCACUUCUUGAUAAUAAAAUAUUAAAC